AAAACCAUUCACAAUGUCGUAUGUGAGUGACGAGCUAUACAAGUACCUAAGGGGGAGAAUGACAGAUUAUUUAAAAAUUAACGCAGUGGAAUUAUUACCACAUCUUCCCUGUCUUACUCAGAUGGACCAGGAAAAAAUAAGAGCUGAAGCCAAAUAUGAAGGAAAUGAGGCAGCCGUACCUAUUCUCUUGGAUUCCGUUAGAAGACGGCAAAAUUGGGAAAGGCAAUUGAUAAAUGCAUUACGGAACAAAGAAUACAAUGAUCUUGCAGACUUUUUGGAACAGAAACUUGAAUCUUUAGCUCCAAGAAGGAAUGUUAGUCCUUCUGUUGCUUCGCAUCCUAAUCAUGCUGCUGCAGAUUCUUCGACGAUUGCUGUUGUUCCCUUCCAAAGUGCACCAUUUGAUGUCUCACCUCCACGAAACCCUUCAAGCUCAGUCACUGUUGCUGACAAUUCACAAUUCCCUCCUACAGCUUUUCAUCCUGCAGACUACUUGUUGACCCAGUCCCCGUCCAAUCAGACUGUUCUGCGGCCUUCAGCUGGUAUUCCUGCAGCACAGCAGUCAGCAAGCAAAUCUGCAACGCAGCCCUUGGUCGAUGCUCCUGCAGCGCAGCCCUCAGUCAGCACCCUGGCAACGCAGCCCUCGGCCGCUGCCCCGGCAACGCAGCCCUCGGCCGCUGCCCCCACAACGCAGCCCUCGGCCAGUGCCCCCGUAACGCAGCCCUCGGCCAGUGCCCCGGUAACGCAGCCCUCAGCCAGUGCUCCUGUAACGCAGCCCUCGGCCACUGCUCCCGUAAUGCAGCCCUCGGCCGGUGCUCCCAUAACACAGCCCUCGGCCAGUGCUCCCAUAACGCAGCCCUCGGCCACUGCCCCCGUAACGCAGCCCUCGGCCGGUGCCCCCGUAACGCAGCCCUCGGCCGGUGCCCCCGUAACGCAGCCCUCGGCCGGUGCCCCCGUAACGCAGCCCUUGGCCAGUGCGCAUGUAGUAUCUGCUUCUGUACCUGCUGUCUCUUCAACAACCUCAACUACAUCACCAUCUUCUGUGUCUUCGACUUCCUCUACUUUCACCUCUCAGCAUCAUUCCUUAGAAUUCAAAAUACCAAUUCAAGAAACGGGAAAGUCAAUGGAUAGAGAAGAAAACAAAGAUGACAAACUGCCUGUACAGGUGAAGAUGGGUACUUUUGAUGAUUCAAAGUCCAGUGAUUCUUUCCAAUCUCCAAGGAAUCAUACCAUAAAUUCAGAUCGGAGUAGCACUGGUGAGAAAAGAAAUAUAAAUGAAAUAUUCACAGCCAAUAUUGAUCAAGCUGGGAGAGAAAUAAAAAACAAUCAAGCUUGUGCAGAUGACUCUGCAACCUGCAGACAAGUACACACACACAGACCUCAGUUAAAUGAUAAUGAUUUUGAGAGCAUUGGUAAACCAGGAGUGUUGCAGAGUGAUGUUCAGAAUAAGCAGUCAGAAACUCAGGCUGAAAGUUGCUGUGAAAUAACAAGUGUCGAUUUACAGCUCAGUCAAAACCCCGUGGAUAAUUCAAGCAACGAGAAUAAUGCAAACAGAGCCAUGCCAAAUGCCAACCUUAAUCCAAGAGAUAUGUCCAAAGAGGCCAACUCUUUGAAUUUGGGUGAUAGUAGUAGUCAGGGAGCUAAUGUUUCUUGUGACUACGAUGACAAAAACUCAAUUAAAGAACAAAAGAUUCGAGCAUUACAAGGUUAUCAGAAUGAUCAGCUGCAACAAAGCUUUUAUGAUGUUCACAGUCCAUUGAAUAUACAAUUGAAUUUUGAUGCUCAGAAAAAAAUAGGUGAGGGCGUAGACUCUGAUCAAAAGCACACAUUAAAUCAAAACGAAAAUAUUGAAUACAAAUGCAGGGCUUUUCAGACACAUAACACUGAAAUUGCAAAAAGUGGCCAUGAUGGGGCUGACUCUGAAGUUGAAUGCAUGAAAAAUGUGCAAACAAACAACAGCACAGAUUCAAUUUCCAACAGUGAACAAUUAAGCAGUUCUUGUACUGUUUGCUCAUAUAGACAUCUUUUGAUUAGUGGUGACUAUGUCAGUGAGCCAAGUGCUCAUGUGGAACACAACUCCCAAAAUGCAAAUCGAUUGAACAAUGAUCCACUGCUUCCUGCAUGUCAGCUAAUUGGCACACAGGCAUCAGGUCAGAUCAGCGAUAUGGAUGGUUUGCAAGAAAAUGCACAAAUAGAAACUACUAAGUGUGGAGGCAAACUAGAAUGUAUGGGAAUCCAGAAAUGUGAAAACUGGUUUACAGAGACAAAAUCAAAUAAAAAGUUAAAUCUGGAAGUAAAUGAUUCAAAGAGAGAAAGUUCAUCAUACUCUUGUGCGAAUGAAUUGACCCAGAGCACAUGUGAUGCUAAUCCAGGAGUAUACAAUGAGGAUGUCAAGGAACAAAGUGGGUAUAUUUAUCAAGAACCUGAUUAUGAAGUUGAAGCAGGCAAUGAUCAUGAAUUUGAAGCAGCAAUUCUGGAAGAUGCUAGGUGGCAUGAUUUUGGGAAUAGCUCUAUUAAUGCUUUGUCUACUGAGUGUGUUUCUUUGAUCUCGAGGAAAGAGCCACAACCUAAAAAGCCUGUAAAAUCAAAUGGGGACAUAACACAGUCAAAUUACCUAUUUGCAACAAUGUCAGUUCUGGUAUUAUCAGUUGUUGCUGUGUGCAUAUGGAAAUACUGCCAUAAAUAAGGACCAUUGUGACCUGAGAUAACAAGGUGUAGAGCUGGAUGAACACA